AUGGACUUACUACCCAAAGCCCUUGAACUUACGGAUGAUAAUGCAGGAAACAUAACUGCAUCUUUGGGAUUAUAUGGCCUCAGAAUGGGUGUGCCUGAGAAACCUUUGGCACCACCUGGAGAAGCAUUUAGGCAAAGUACAGGUUCCAUCAGCUCCAACUCAAAAGUAGAUGGCAACAUAUUGGCACCAUCCAAAAUUUCGUCAGUUGUGAAUGAAGGUUACAGGAGCACAGUAGGUUGUGGUCAGGCUGACGAAGAUGCUGAUAUUCAGCAAGAGAAUAUGCACAGCUGUUCAAGUGAGCAUGGAAUGGUUGCUCCUCCCCUUGACUGUACGUUCUCUCAACUAGGAGAACCAGGAAUUCCAAAAUCUGGGAAAGAUUCAGUGAACAUUGGGACUACAGAUGCAUUAGAACUACCAACUGAAGGGAUGACUCCAAAGUUCGGAGCUAUUCGAGGCUUGGAAGACAGUACUGGCAGGAGAUUACGAAGUGGCAAAGUUCUUGAAAUGCCAAGUGGUGGACCAAUGAAGAGGGGCCACAAGCAGAAAAAGAUCCAGCAGGAAGCAUCCAGUGAACAGAUGGUUAAUCAAGGAGCUACAUCAACUGCGGAUCUGACUUCUCAUGAAAAUGUAAAUGUAGGUUGA